AUGAUUAAGAGAUCUGGACGCGAUACAAUUGUUUUUUUCAUAGUGUACACAACUCUCUUUUGUUUUGUAGAUGCAAAGAGGCUAAUUGGUCGGAAAUUUUGCGAUCCCAUAGUAGAAAGUGAUGUGAAGUUGUGGCCAUUCAUACAUAAACCCAUGAUUGUUGUUAACUAUAAUGACGAGGAAAAGCAUUUUGCUGCUGAAGAAAUCUCAUCCAUGGUAUUGGCGAAAAUGCGCGAGACAGCAGAAGCCUUCCUUGGAUCAACAGUGGAGGAUGUUGUUAUAACUGUGCCUGCAUACUUUAAUGACUCACAACGCCAAUCUACUCGAGAUGCAGGUGCUAUUGCUGGCCUCAAUGUUUUGGGAAUACUCAAUGAGCCUACUGCAGCUGCAAUUGCAUAUGGCUUUGACACAAAACCAUCACAUGGACAUAGAAAUGUUUUCAUUUUUGACUUAGGUGGUGGUACUUUGGACGUGUCUGUUCUCAAAUUUGAGAAUGGUGAUAUCAAUGUUAAGGCUAUUGUAGGAGACACUCACCUCAGGGGGCAAGACUUUGAUAACGCAAUGGUGAACCAUUUUGUGAAAGUGUUCUUAAGGAAGUAUAAAAUCGACAUUAGUGGAGAUCCAAGAGCCGUUAGGAGGCUGAAGACUGCUUGUGAGAGAUCAAAAAGGAUACUUUCUGUCAAUACUUAGACUACCAUUGAGAUAGAGUGUUUAAACCAAGGUACAAAUUUCUCCUCGUCGAUUAGUCGUGCAAAGUUUGAUGAUCUCAACAAGAGUCUUUUUAACCAGUGCAUGGAGAGUGUAGAAAACUGUAUAGCAGAUAGUGGGAUAAACAAGAGUAACUUUCAUGAUGUUGUCCUUGUUGGCGGCUCUACAAGGAUUGUAAAAGUUCAAGGCCUUUUGGUUGAUUUCUUUGAAAUUAAUGAGCAUAGUAGGACGAAGUUAUGCAAAAGCAUCAAUGCAGAUGAGGCGGUUGCAUAUGGUGCUUCUAUAGGACAGCAACCAGCUGCUGGUAACGGAGAGGUGAGAAUGCUGGAGACCUUCUUGAGGAAUCAUCCACCGGCUUUUAAGGGGAGGGAUUUUGAAGUAGAUUUAGUUUGCUUACCACUGACGGGGAUGGAUGUUAUAUUUGGGAUGAAUUGGUUAGAGUAUAACCGAGUUCAUGUCAACUGCUUUAACAAGACCGUGCAUUUUUCUUCUGCUGAAGAAGAGAGUGGAGUUGAGAUUUUAUCUACAAAGGAGAUGAAGCAGCUAGAACGAGAUGAGAUUCUGAUGUAUUCCCUAAUGGCAUGUUUGUCGUUAGAAAACCAAGCUGUGAUCGACAGGUUUAUUGAGGGAUUCUCAAGGUUAGCUUUGCCGUUGACUCAGUUAACCUGUAAGGGUAAGUCGUUUGUAUGGGAUGCUCAAUGUGAGAGUAGCUUCAAUGAGUUGAAGAGGAAGUUGACAACCGCGCCUGUUUUAAUUUUGCCUAAGCCGGAUGAACCUAAUCAAACUGAAGAUGGUGAUUUCAAGGUUGAUGAACACGGUGUGUUGAGGUUCUGA